GGAGGUUUGUAUCACGAGGACAGUUGUGAAGGCUCGCAGUUGUACGUGGUCUAUUACUCGUGCCGGUAAAGUGUUGAACGAUACACUCUUGGAUCAGCGAGGAAAAACAGAACAUUACUAGAAGGCAGAUACAGUUGGAGGUAGGUUAUCUCACAACAAAUGGCCCGAUGGAACCUCAAGUACUGUGUAUAAGAAACGAGUAAACGUAAGCAGAGGGCGAGGCAAACAAUACUAGGAAAGGAGUGAGGGAACGGAGGCGGGACGUGAGAGAGGAAGAGAUUUCAGUGAAGAGGUGAGCGAGAAACCGCUGCGCUGAUCAGUGUGAGAAGAGGCAGCGGGGAGAGUUGGUGUUUCUGUUCGUCACUGUUGUUGGAGCGUCUCAGAGGGAAGGAUGGCAACUCCGGACGAUGACAAGAUGGCAAUGGGGUGGGAGGACAUCACUGUGGUGGUGGUGUACUUCCUCUUCGUUCUCGCCGUUGGUCUAUAUUCUUCAUGGCGGUCCAAGAGAAGCACAAUGUCAGGUUACUUCCUGGCUUCCCGCAACAUGCACUUCAUCCCGGUGGGCGCUUCCCUCUUCGCCAGCAACAUCGGCUCCGGUCACUUCAUUGGCCUGGCGGGGUCUGGGGCGGCGUCAGGCAUUGGCAUCGGUGCUUUUGAGCUCAACGCGAUCUUCGUGCUGAUGAUCCUCGGGUGGCUGUUCGUGCCCGUGUAUAUGUCCUCGGGCGUGUACACCAUGCCGGAGUACCUGAGGGAGAGGUUCGGGGGCCAGCGUAUCAGAGUCUACCUCUCCUGCCUCGCCCUCCUCCUCUCCAUCUUCACCAAAAUAUCCGCCGAUCUCUAUGCCGGAGCGCUGUUCAUCCAGCAGGCGCUUGGCAAGAACACAGACGAGUGGCUCUACAUCAGCAUCAUCAUCCUGCUCGCCAUCGCCGCCGUGUUCACCAUCACCGGAGGACUCACGGCUGUCAUCUGGACCGACUUCGUGCAAACCAUCCUCAUGCUGGUCGGCGCUCUAACACUCAUGGGCAUCGCGUUCCACGAGGUGGGAGGAUACGAGGCCAUGGUGGAGAAUUACUUCACUGCGAUUCCCAACGUGACUAGAUACUCCGAGGACAAUAAAACCAACUGCGGGGAGCCUCCGAGCUACGCCAUGCACUUCUUUAGGUCUGCGGUGCCUGGGGAGUCUGACCUGCCCUGGCCCGGCAUGAUCUUUGGCAUCACGAUCUCCGCUAUCUGGUACUGGUGCACUGAUCAGGUCAUCGUGCAGCGAACACUAUCCAGCAAGAACAUGUCCCACGCCAAGGCCGGCUGUCUCUUGGCAGGCGUGCUCAAGUUCCUACCUCUGUUCAUGUUGGUGUUCCCCGGCAUGGCGUCCCGCAUCCUCUACACGGACAAAGUGGCCUGCGUGGAUCCCGAUUUGUGCUACCAGUACUGCAACAACAGGGCAGGCUGCACCAACAUUGCCUACGUCCAGCUCGUCCUGCACCUCCUCCCCACAGGUCUCUCUGGAAUGAUGUUGGCAGUGAUGCUGGCCGCUCUCAUGUCCUCGCUCACCUCCAUCUUCAACUCCUCCUCCACCAUCUUCUCCAUCGACAUUUGGACACGGAUCCGCAAGAAAGCAAGUGACGUGGAGCUGCUCAUCGUGGGCCGCGGCUUCGUCCUUAUCAUGGUCAUCAUCUCCGUAGUCUGGAUCCCCGUCAUUCAGGCCUCCGCCAGUGGCCAGCUGUUCGUGUACAUUCAGAGCAUCACCUCCUACCUGUCCCCGCCCAUCUGUGCCAUUUACCUGUUGGCUGUCUUCUGGCCGCGCACCACGGAGCCGGGAGCCUUCUGGGGUCUCAUCGCGGGUCUGAUCAUCGGCGUCAUCAGAUUCAUCAUGGAGUUCGCUUUCACAAUCCCUGCCUGUGGAGAGCCUUCCUCAAAUGAUAAACGGCCGGAGUGGAUCAAGAUAAUCGUGGGCAACGUGCAUUACCUUCACUUCGGGUGCAUUUUGCUGCUGCUGACCAUGGUGGUGUCGGUAUCAGUGUCUCUAAUCACCGAGCCUAUCCCUGAGAAAUGUCUGUAUCGCCUUACCUUCUGGAGCCGCAACAGCAAGGAGGUCCGUAUGUCCGUCCGCGAGUGGAGGAACGAGCAGCGUCCUGAUGAAAUCAAACACAUCUCGGGCAAAGAUGUGGACAGUGUGUCCUCCAGAGGCACGCCAAAUCUGCCACAGUGGCGACGCAUACUCAACCUGGUGUGCGGCGUGAGCUCAGCGGCUGAGACGCCUACGGAAAACCCCGACGACAAACUAUCGCCAGAGGAAAAGGCCAAAAAAGCUGCCGAAUUCCUCGAGGAGAAGGCGCCGUGGAAAAACGCGGUGAAUGGCUCAGCGGUCGUUGUCAUGUGUCUGGCAGCCUUCAUGUGGGGCUUCUAUGCGUAAAUGUCCCUGUUCGUCCCCGCAGCACCUGCACAGUAUUCAUGAUGCCAGUAACACGCACAACAGUCGUUCCUCCAGCCAGAAGCCAAAACGUGUCAGAAGUCAUUGAUGGAUGGGAUCAUAUUCAUAGGUUUCAUUCCUUUAUGUUGCUGAAUGUGUGUGUCAUGUUCACAUUUUUGUAUCAUAAUAUAGUUAUGUGAUUUUAUUAUCAUUUAGAUAGUUAUUGUAAAUGUAUUAUUACUACUAGUAGAUUAUGUGUCCAUGUGUUCAUACGUGUACAAAUCAGUUACAUGAUUUUAUUAGAGAAGGGUACCAAGUUACCAUGACCAA